GACUGGACUUUGGGCGAGUUCUUGUAUCAUACAUUUCUGUCUGGGGACAAUGUACAUCGUGAGCAGAGCCAUGCCCAGAGAGUGUCGAGAUUUCUGAAGGGGCAGGAUCGUGUCUACACCCCUGGUUCUAUAUUGGAUCUAUGGAUGCGGCACCCUGAUGGUGCACUGCGGCGUCCUGAUGGUACACUGGACAAAGAGAGGACUGAAUGGGCACGAGUGAAAGAUACCCUUCCGGAGGAUCGCAAAACGGCUGCCUCAGUUCGCGUCGCCCUCACACGUUUCUCUGCAGAGCUUGUCCGAAAGCACCUCAUAGGAGAGGCUGAGCGGGCCCGCCCCGUUGAACAGGUGAGCAAACUUUAUCUACGUCUCUCUCCCUCAGCAUUUCUCAACAAGUUCGUGCAGGUUGUCACCAACGUCAUCAUCAACCUCGACUUCUCGCGAUCGAGCCACGCCAACUUGGUGCCUAUCUCCCGCACCCUCCACCUCUUCGCACUCAGCACUCCCUACGACGCAUACCCCUACCUGUCCCGCAUCGGCAUGACCACGGCGUACUCUACCGGCUUACACGUCCUGAACACGUUGGCGGACACUGAAUCCCAUGCCGUGCGCGAGCUGGGAGCGCAAGUAGGCACCCCCAUCUGCAUCAUAAUGGACAACGUACAACACUAUCUCAAGCAGCGUGACGCUUGGGUCGGGCGCGCGAACGGCAUCGUCAUCGGCAUUGCCGCCACGUUCGUGGAGAACCCGCACAUCUCGUUGUCUGCGCUUGACUUCGACGACAAGCAGACUCGCUUGGCGACCAACCUCCGCGCGUCUCUCACUGUCACGCAGCUCUUGAAGUUCAUCGACCAGCCCCACCAGGAGACCGUUGGUGUCCUUUCCCUGUUGCGCACCCUCGUGGAAUACAUCCCGGAGCUGAACAAGUACAGCACCAACGUGACAACAUGCUAUCGCACCCAGGCCGCGAAGAUUCCCCUCAACCCGGCCGGAUACCGUGUCCAUCCACUCGGCUCCAGUGCGAAGAACGAGAACAUCACGACAGAGUUGAAAGAUGCUUUGCUCGACUUCCUCGGUCAGGUGGGCCAAGAUUACGCACACUCCAACCGCCGGCUCACCCUGUGCAUUGGUGACGGGCUCACAUACGAACGUAUCUUGCAAGUGAAGGAUUACCUGCGCUUCCAUGACGACCCUUUCCAGAGCCUUGCGGUGGUUGAGCCUGUUCUCGCCCCGUGGCACACCGCUUGGGCAGACCUCAGCCGCAUCUUCAGCACUCACUGGGGUAGUCUCGUGACCAAGGAUCCAUCCAAGCUCGGGUUCAGCGCCGCGAAGCUCCAUCGACGCGCACCUUCAAACCUCAAGAAACCUGAUUUCAACCAGGGCUUUGAGAUCCUGGAGACGACUCACGACGCACACAUUCUGGACUGCUUCCGGGUUUACUACUGUACGGACAAUAUCUUCAAGUAUUUCGCCGACCUGAAAAGCAUCCCAAGCUUCGAAGACUUGAAGCGCGAUGCUGAGCAGGUGUAUCAUAUGUUCUGCACACACCUGGCUGGAGAACGAGCCGUCGAGCCUCGUGCUGAUGAUCCGCCUACCUCUAUUGAAACAAGCCCCCCGUCAUCGGCACAGUCUUCCCAAGUGGGAAAGCACUCAAAAUGCGGUCCCGAAGGCUGUUUCUGUGUCCCUUUGGGUACCUCCUGGCUGCGGUGCCAUCCGACAAGCCCCGCUACGACACUGCCACCUAGCACUGCGACUGGUGCUGUUGCCGAUGUUCCUCAGAUGACGCCAGAGUCUCCAGUGGCUGCUCAGAAGACGACCAGGGCUAGAAAGAAGGCCAAGAAGGCGUUGGUCCCCUUCCUUGGGGAUCGUGUCCUCGCCGACUCCAUCAACUUCCUACGCGAGGGCAUAGUGCUGCGCGAGAUGAUAUAUGCCAUCGCUGAAGGCGACGUGGGUCGCAUAUAUGAGGCGAUGAAGGUUAUGUUGUUCACAUUCGCCGGAUCUCCUGGUAGCCGAUACCCCAACUAUCUCCUCACCUUCAUCACUGCUCUCGAGCUCGAGUCAAGCAUCGAUCUACGUCACAGUAUCCUCGCAAGCCUCGUCGUCAACUUGAAGGGCCAGCCUGGCAAGUUCACUGCUGCCGACCUUGUUGAAGAGUACUUCAACCGCCUCCUUCAGGCAAUUGCGGAGCGCAAAGGCGCUGAGUACAACACCAAGUUCAUGCGUCACACUGUGUCACGAAACCUCUAUCAUCUCUCGCGUCUAUGCAACGAUAUGAACGAGAGUGUCGGGCUUGCCAUGCGCUCUGGUCGACACACCGCCCCACGCCGCCUUGCCGACAUCCGCAUUCUCACGGACGAGUUUCGGCGUCAGCAGCUUCACCUCCGGCGCCCUGGUCGCACAUUCACACCUGACGACGAGAACCAGAACGUUAAGCCUAGCAACUUUCGAAGUGGUGUCAUCAAACUGCGUACGAAGAAGCUGAAACAGUGGAUCCACAGCUCGAACUCAUCCCGAGGAGCCACCACCACCUCGACUGCACCCGUGAGCUCGGCAGUUUGCGAUGAUGAGUCCGACGACUCAGAUGAGGAUCUCCCAGCCACUGCAGAAGAGCUCAUUCAGUCGCUCGACAAUGGGAUUCCUACGUGGGAGCUUCAAGACGGCAAGCUUGUUCAUGACGAGAUUAACAUCGACGACGAGGCUGUGCGCAUGCUGGAAGGCACCGACGACCCGACUUUGGUGGAUGAUGGUUUAGUUAAUGUGGCAAGUAACGGGGAGGCGAGUUGUGCAGAUGACAUGUAA